CUGUGUGUGCGUGGCAUCAUUGCACACACGGCGUGUACUUGAUGAAGCAUGUAAUUGCAUCUGCAGUGCAAAAGUAAAUUCAUGUGUUUAUAAAUUGCAUAAAUAGCCGAUUAGUUUUACACAACUUAAUACAUUAAAUUAAUUCAAUGAUUCAUACAUUUGAAUUAACCCAAAAUACUUUUUAUAUCAUUUUUUCCCACACAACAUCAACGGUUUAACGCCUUUGCUUUUCCAGGAAUGCUAACCCGGCAAGAAAACUUCAUUACCCAUGAUUCUUCGAGAACAAUGCUUCGUUGUGAUUGGCCGUUUCCACCACGUGGUGCGUGACAUGAAGAACCGCGAAUCUUCUUUUUUGGUAACUUUGUCUGUUUAGCUAGCUUAGUCAUUUCUCACAUUUUUCUGUUAUUGAAAGGUCGUUAUCCGUGUUAAUUUAAGUUAACGACAGGUUGGCACCGCGUUUUUGAUGUCGAAUGGACGAAUUUACGGUAUCAUUCCUUGUUUUGUUCACAUUUGUACUGAACUUCUGGUGACGUUUUUGCGUCACUGUUAAAGUGCUUAAGCAGUUUAACGCUAGCUAAAGCAAGGUAGCAUGCUCAAGGUGUCUUUCUAAGCGAUAAACAACGUUUGGUUGGAUAAUUUGAAAGGGGGACACCUUCAUGUCGUCGUCGUCGUCGUCGUUUCUCCAGCAACCAGGCUAUGAGGAGGAGAGGCUACAGAGGGUGGCCGAGCAAGUGCCCUGCAGAGCGCUUCAAGCUGGGCUGCUGUUGUCGCUGAUGGGGGAGCCACAGCAGUACAGCUUCCCUUCAAUCUUCAUAUACGGUCAUCGAGCCUCAGGGAAGAGUCAUGUUGUCAACAUUCUACUGAAGGAACUGGAGUUGCCUCACGCUAACAUCAGCUGCGUCGAGUGCAUUUCCAUCGCCCUGCUCUUUGAACACGUGCUGCUGACCUUCUUUGGCCGGGACGCUGCCGCCACGCUCCCCCGCAGCCCGUCGUUAUCCGACUUUGUCCGCAUCUACAAGCAGCAUCGCUCCCCGUCCACCGCCACGGAGACGCGAUACAUCGUGUUGGAAAAAGCUGAGCUGCUGCGAGAUAUGGACGCUAAUCUCCUCCCGGCUCUCCUGCGUCUUCAGGAAUUGGUGGAGGACAACGUGAGCAUCAUCCUGCUCAGUGAGAUCGCGUGGGACACGUUCAGGCCGAGCACAGGCUGCUUUGAACCUCUUCUGCUCCACUUCCCUGACUACAGCAAAGCUGAGCUGCACCAGAUCUUGUCCCAGGACAGACAUCCAUCCUAUUCCGUUGAGUUCUACUCCUCCUACAUCAACAUCCUGCUGGGCGUCUUCUACGCCGUCUGUCGGGACCUCCGCGAGCUGCGGCACCUGGCUGCGCUCAACUUUUCAAAGUUCUGCGAGCCUUUGGAUGAAGGGAAAGUGAAAGAGAGCGACACACACAAGCUGUGGCGAAAUAUCGAGCCUCACUUGAAGAAGGCCAUGCAGACGGUCUACCUGCGUGAGGUGUCCAGCCUCCAGUGGGAGAAGAUGCAGGUGGAAGCUGAAGACGGGCCUGUGAGAGGCUUGUCGGCGCACACGCAUGUGGAGCUGCCUUAUUACUCCAAGUUCCUGCUGAUCGCCGCCUACCUGGCGUCCUACAAUCCCGCCCGCACCGACAAGCGUUUCUUUGUCAAGCACCACGGCAAAAUAAGAAAAGCUAAAAACUUCCUGAAGAAGAAUGAGAAGACCAGCAACCACCUGCUGGGACCCAAGCCAUUCCCUCUGGACCGCCUGCUCGCCAUUUUCUACAGCGUGGUGGACAGCAGAGUCGCGCCCACCGCCAGCAUCUUCUCUCAGAUCUCCUCCUUGGUGACCUUACAACUCUUGACUCAGGUCAGCCAUGAUGACCAGCUGGACGCCCCCAAGUACAAAUGUGCCGUCUCCAUGGAUUUCAUCUGCGCUAUAUCCAGGACGGUGAACUUUGACAUUGUCAAGUAUCUCUAUGACUUCAUAUGAGGCACUUAAUCUCUUCAUGGACGCUCUGAUUGGACUAAUAGAGAAAAAGACAGUCAGUUAUGUUGCUGCCACCUUGUGGUCAUUGAGUAAUAAAUCACUGA